UCCGUUCGGAGGAUGCCCUCUGCCUCUUCAUGCUCCACGCGUUCCUCCCUCGCGCGUCUUCGGUUUCCACGCAGAAUCCGAAUUCCGCCGCGCGCGACCGAAAACAGCGUCCUCACCCCUGCGCACGCUCCUGCGCGUUCCCGAUGUCCACGCCCCAGCAAUGCUGGCAAGGCCGAGUCGCUAGCGCAGGCGCAGUCACUGCUCGCCCCCGCCGUCUGAGGAGGAGGGGCUCACGCUGCGUAACCCGGAAGUGCCUCUUCUUUGGUGCCGGAGGAAGGAGACAGCUAAGAGCCUGGGCGUGGAGGUGGUGGUGGCGCCUUGACUUCAGUAUGCAGCGAGUGCUAUUUCCGCCCUUGCAGGCCUUGAUGGGGAGACCGUGUGUCCGGCUCCUGGUUCCUAGGGCGACGCCUAGAACACAGUGUGGUUGCAGCUGUGGGAUCAAGCGCCCCUGGAGGCCAGGGCAAUACAGCACCAUCUCUGAAGUAGCUUUGCAGUCUGGAAGGGGUACAGUGUCCCUUCCCUCAAAGGCUGCUGAGCAGAUGGUGGGCCGAUGGCUCCUGGUCUGCAGUGGAACAGUGGCUGGAGCUGUUAUUCUUGGUGGAGUAACUAGGUUGACAGAGUCUGGCCUCUCAAUGGUAGAUUGGCAUUUAAUAAAAGAGAUGAAGCCACCUACGAGCCAAGAGGAAUGGGAAGCAGAAUUCCAAAAAUACCAGCAAUUUCCAGAAUUUAAAAUCUUGAAUCAUGAUAUGACGUUGGCAGAAUUCAAGUUCAUCUGGUACAUGGAGUACUCACACCGAAUGUGGGGUCGCCUCGUAGGACUUGCAUACAUUCUACCUGCUGCCUACUUUUGGAGAAAGGGCUGGCUCAGUCGUGGCAUGAAAGGACGUGUUCUUGCCCUCUGUGGUUUGGUCUGCUUUCAGGGUCUGUUGGGAUGGUACAUGGUGAAAAGUGGAUUAGAAGAAAAACCGGAUUCCCAUGACAUCCCUCGGGUCAGUCAGUACCGACUCGCUGCCCACCUGGGAUCAGCCCUUGUUCUUUAUUGUGCCAGCUUAUGGACCUCACUCUCACUGCUGCUUCCUCAGCACAAGUUGCCUGAAACUCGUCAACUGCUGUGGUUGAGAAGAUUUGCUCAUGGAACAGCAGGCUUAGUGUUCCUUACAGCUCUCUCAGGGGCUUUUGUGGCAGGACUGGAUGCUGGGCUUGUUUACAACUCCUUCCCUAAGAUGGGAGAAUCUUGGAUCCCAGAGGAUCUCUUUACCUUCUCCCCUACCCUGAGGAAUGUUUUUGAGAAUCCCACCAUGGUGCAGUUUGAUCACCGGCUCCUGGUAAGUCUGUCUGGUGGUUACUGGCUACCCAGCACAGGGUGCCUCUCACGGGCUUUGGGGUGUCUGAAGCACUAACGGCAACAGUGAGGG